AUGGCGAGUAAGAUGGGCUUCGCGCACAAUCCUGUGUCUGUUCAAGCAGUUGGGUGGGCAGAUGACCAAGGACGUCGUGCGGAGAUGGAGGAUGGUUUUGUCUUUGUGGAUCAGUUUGGCGGCCGGGAGCGCAGUGCCUUCUUUGCCGUGUAUGACGGACAUGGCGGUCGCCAGGUGGUAGACUUUGUCACCCGCGAGUUGCACGAAAACCUGCUGCGGGAGCUGCGCAAGACAGACUCACCAGCUGACGCAUUGCUGCAGGCUUUUCGAGCCACUGACGAUGAUAUGCUUCGCAGGAACAUCACUUCCUCGGGCUGCACUGCAUGCUGCUGUCUUCUGCAGGAUGAAAUUAACGGGCGCGUGAUCUACACCGCGCACUUGGGGGAUAGUCGUGCUGUGCUGGCACGAAGCGGAAUGGCGACGCGAAUGACGUCCAUGACCGAUCACAAGGCUACAGACCUGCUGGAAGCAAAGCGGGUCAUUGAAGCAGGCGGGCACAUCAUCAAUGACCGUGUGAAUGGAAUGUUGGCCAUGACGCGGGCCUUGGGUGACCACGUGCUCAAGAUGCCAAUGCUGCCGAACGAUGUGGUGAGCAACGUGCCCGACAUCACAUCGACGGAUCUGACGAAGCAGUCCUCCCCUGCUGUAGCAGGUUCCAUAUUUGACAUGUGGUGCUUAUGCACUUCCUUGCUGCUGAGCUGGCCAGUAGCGGUGAACUCAUGGCCGGCAUCAACCGGAGCAGCCCAGGUGCGCCGGCAGGUCCCUGCCGAGAAUCAUCCAGUCCGCCACUGGGCUCUGGCACCUGACCCUGGCCGUUUAGAGGCUCUACUGAGCACACACACCGUUGAAGUUGAGGCUAACGGGGCUUGGCGCGCAUUUGCACAGGACGCCUCGCAAAACGCGCGAAGGAGCGACAAUGCGGUGGAUGCGGUUGGGCCGACCGGAGCCAAAGGUGAUCCAGGAGAUCGAGGUGAUGCUGGAGUGGCCGGAAAGAGAGGGCCGGCUGGACCAAAGGGAGACAGAGGUGACCAAGGAGAAGUUGGCGACGCAGGACCAGCUGGAGAUGCACCGGAGGCGCCAACAGCACCCCCAGGAUCAGCGGACUUCAACAUGAUCGGUAUUGCCAUCGCCUUCCAUAUCACCGUUCUGCUGAUCUUGUACGUACAGGUGAAUGCCCAAAUCCAAGAGCACAAGGAGUCCAAGGGCGGUGCUGAAGAAGAGGGCAACGCGGACACUUUUGAGGAGGAAGGGGCAGAAGAGGCGGGCUUGCCCAGCUUGGCAGAGCUGAACUCCUUUCGGACCCUCAGUGAAGGAGAACUUCUCAUUGAUGGCGCAGUCCAGCUGGUGAUGGAGUGCAUGCAAGAGCUGACUCCCGUUGCUCGGCAGCUGGAGUCAGAGGGCCGAUCAUUGGCAGAGAUUCUGGCACGCAUGCUGGUAGAGGAAGCCUUGGCGCGAGGGUCCAACGACAACAUCAGCUGCCUUGUGAUUUUCCUGUGA